AUGUGCGGUCGCGGGGCGCUAACCCUCUCAGGAGAUCGCUGCCGGAGAAUUGCUGGCGCACAUGGCGGAAAGACAUCAGUACGCGGCUGCGAGCGCCUUCGAACAAAGUACAAUCUGGGUCCGAUGAACUAUGUCCCUGUGAUUCGCAGUGUCGAAGCAGAAGGGAGUCAUGGAGGUGGUCAGGACGCCUCGGUCAGCCGCGAGGUGUGCGCCAUGCGGUGGGGCUUGGUCCCUUCCUUUGCCAAGCGAGUGGAGGACUUCGAUGCUUUCAAAGGUGGCAGCAGCACCUUCAACGCCCGAGUCGAAGGUGCAGAGGGCAGUAGCCUGUGGCGUCGUCUGCUCGAUAGACGUCGAUGUGUUGUCCUUUUCGACGGCUUCUACGAAUGGAAGGCAAACGGGAAGACAAAAACGCCCAUGUUCAUCCGAAAUAGAGACGCGUAUGACGGCCACACCAUACCGUGGUCUGCAAAGAUGGGCGAGGAGCCAAAGACAGAACAGCCAGUGGAUGAAAGCAAGGUUGGCGGACCCCAGCACGCACCACUCCUCCUCGCCGGCCUGUACGACACUUGGCACCAAAAGGGUGAUGCGGAGUCGCUGGAGUCUGUCACAAUCCUCACCAUGGAUCCAGAGUCCACAGCAAUGGAGCAGGUGCACGACCGCAUGCCCGUCUUCUUGACACCAGAGCACGCCCUGCCCGCGCUGCCCUCUCAAGAUCUCUCAAGGCUUGACUUCAGGAAAUGUUGCGCUCCAUUGCUAGCAUACGGCAACCAAGCCAUGGACCUUCCACCUGCGUUAGCGCCAAUCCUGGCAUCUCAGUUCCUUGCGCUGUCGGGACUUUCGUUUCUGCUUGAAAGAGCACCAGCAAGCAAGAAGGAGGAGCUGACUGCCAAAGAGAAGUGCGAGAACUGGUUUCUGGCAUAUGGACUAUUCUGGAUCAGCUGCUUCGCAGUAAUCAUAGCAUGUGGACUCUACGAGCACAUGGGCAAGUGGCACUACCUCCUUGUCACUGGGGGACUGGCAGCACCUUUGGCUUUGCAGCCACUCUUCUUCCCAUCUCUCACAGGUGAGAAAGAUCUUCCGCUGAUGGAGCGGCACUGUACCAAGGCAAAUGUGUGGAUUGCAAUCUAUUCGUUUUUGGGAAACUAUUGGGGAACACAUUAUUUCUAUUCCGUCCUGAAAGCGAAGUAUACUUUGCCAUUCCUUCCGGAUCACCAGUUGAACAAAGUCCCUGUGUGCAUGUACUUGGCAACACAUCUCUAUUUCUGUUUUUAUCAUGCACUUGGAAGUAAAGUUCUGCGCUGGGUUUGGACUGAAUUUCGACCUUCUGCGGCGCGAACGACCUUCUGCGUGGCCGUUGUGUGCGUAAUGGCAUAUUGCACUGCCUUUUUGGAAACGUUCUCAAUAUCAGCCUUCCCCUACUACACCUUUGAUGACCGCCAGCAGAUGUACACACUCGGUUCGGCAUUCUACGCUCUCUACCUUGCUGUCUCCUUCCCACUCUUUGCCAGACUGGAUUGGAAGCCAGGUGGGCAUUCUUUGACAGAGGCAUGCUUGGAAGCUUUUGCCGCCUGGGCGAUCAUUCUCUCCCUCUUGGACUUUGUGCGCUUGGGACUUGGUGCAGAUUUCUGCAUGAUGGCGUAA